AAUAAUGAAAUAACCAGUCAAUAGUUUUAUCUGAGCUCAUUGUGUGUGUGUGUGUGUGUGUGUGUGUGUGUGUGUGUGGUUGGAAAGUUCAACAGCCUAAAAAAUGUCUGGUUCUGUGUCCUCAUAAAGAAGAAGUCUGGGUUUCGAAAUGCAGCAAAUGUAGCUUUCAAGAUCACCAGUUAAACAUAAUUAGGGAACACAAAGCAGAAGUUUGGGCUUUUUAACCACCCUGAGAUAACACUAAGGAACUCUCAAUCAAUAGAGAUGAGAGAAGGCUAUUCCAUCUAACAUUUUCUAAAUGCAGUCAAACCAAUAUUCAUCUAUCCCUCCACUGCGUCACAAUUCAAAAAGUAAUACAGUUGUGCUCAUUAGUUUGCAUACCCUAGCAGAAAUGGUGACAUUUCGGCAUUGAUUUUGAAAAUGACUGAUCAUGCAAUUUAUGACUGAUCAUGCAAUUUAUGACACAUAGUUGUUGAUAACUAAAAUCACCCAAAUGGCCAUGAUCCAAGGGUAUGCAAACUUGAGCACAACUGUAUGUCCUUUUAAAGAAGUGAGAUUAACAAGAAUGCUGGUCUUUGAAAUGAAAAGUAAAACAACUGUUUGUCCAGUGACAAGAUCCGCCUCUGAACCAAGUAGAUAAGGAGCUGUGCACAUCAGAAGGACACUGUCCAAGGGUAUUUUUUUUGUUAUCACUCAAUCAGUGUGCUGUCUGAACAAUUUGCUGAAUGAAAGGGGACCGAGUCAAAGCGCCUGCUUCCCCCCUUAGCAGAGCCCAAUCAUGGGGGCAUCUGUAAGUGUAAGGAACCAAACUCCCUACAUUUGGCACUAUGAAGUUAUCGGUGACGGAGGUGGCAGUGGCACAUUGUACAGUGGGGGUAGUGUUGAAAAUAAACUAAACUCUAGAUGGAUCCAUAACUACCUGAAGCUGAGAUAUGGCCCUCACAGUUGGAACUCCUUCUCAUAUGAAUUCAACAGUAACAAGGGGAACGGGGAUAUAACAUUCACAAUUAUAGAGACCAGCAACCGUUCAUAUAUUCAGCUACUGUGCAGCACAGAGAAUAACAGUCCAACAUGUCCAAACUAUGGGAAGCAAGAGGAGGACCGCAUCCGUCAGCAGCAGGAGGAGAUGGAGCGGCGAAGGCAGGAGGAGCAACGAAGACAACAGCAGGAGGAGAGGAGGCGCCAGGAGCAACUGGAAAGGGAGAGAAGGAUCCAGCAAGAAAUUGAAAGGGAGAGUGAACUUUCUGGUAAGAAGGUUUCAAUGGGAAAAGAGAAGUUGAGACAGAAGCUGAGUCUAAAAGCACAGCAGUUCAAUCACCAGCGGACACAAGUUCUACACCAGACGAUAGAAGAUGACGCUGCAGCCAUCCAGAGGGAUGAGCCAGCGGAUUUAACAAUAAAGUUUGAUGAACUUCUGGAAAAAUAUGAAAUCACUGAAGAUAGACAAGACGACAAGCAAGAGGAAAGACUUGAAAACCGGAUGAAAAGUCUUUUGAAUGAACUAACACUUCGAUACUUUGGAGAACCUCAGCAGGCCAUCUGGUGUCAGUUGACAAUAGAUCGUGCUAUCAGUGAAGGUCAGCAUUCACUCACUGAGAAGUUUAGCAUCCUCACUGCUGUGACAGAGCUAACGUUGGCCAACAAAGUUUACCUACCAGACUUGGACCAGAAAUAUGACUUUCUCAUCUGUCUCCUUCAACAUCUGUAUAGCACAAAUCCCACACUGGCACAACAACUUCUUCUGAGCAUUCUUACAAUGUUCCCAGAGGUGUCGGAAAAAAACAAGUUGCUUCUUAGACAAAUUCUCUUCAACAUGAUCUGGGCACCCUCAGAAAUUCUGCUCUUUUUACAAGGUGUUUUAGGCAAAGACCAAGAACUGGUAACCUCAAUCCUUCACACAGUGAGGACAAACAAAUUGGAUCUUCUCACUACUUUAUCUGCCCUGAAAGAAAAUGAGCCUGUCAAAUAUUUACAGUUGUAUGCUGAGACAGAACGGGACAAGGAUGCCAACACCAUUGUAAAUGAAAUGCGAAAUGAAAAGUACCCAGAUAAAUUACUGUCUAUUAUGGAGGAAAUUCUAGGGUUUAUGACUGAGGAACUUCCAAAACAUGCAAAAGAGGACUUGAAUCCGGUAACUAUAGAUGAAACAAAGCAGAUGAUCAAGUCACUGGAUUUGACUAACCCUGACCUUGCAGUUCUGAAGGUGAUAUUAUUAAGGAUGUCUAUUGCAGUGCAAGACUGCUCAACCAUUUACUUUCAAGAGGGUAAAAAUAUAGAAGGCUAUUUUCCUUGUAUUAAUCCACAGGAAUCUCUGCUAACAGCUGAGAAAAUAGAAGGCUACUUUCCUCGACUCACUCAGCUGGCAUCACUUCUCAUGCUCCUUCUACCACAGUUAACAGGGGAAAAAGGUAUCCUUCUUGAAAUUGGAACAGGUGAAGGAAAGUCUUGCAUCCUAGCCAUGUUUGCCACCAUCCAGGCCAUCCGUGGUAUUAACAUUGACAUUGUGACCAGUUCUCCAGUCCUUGCUCGUCGAGAUCAGGAAGAGUGGAAGAAAUUGUACGACAUGUUUGGUGUCACGUCUUCCGUUGUACCGCCACCACAGAUCGAAGGAAGCUCCCCUGAAAGCAGGGAUAGUAAGCUACAGGAGGCUUACAAGAAACAAUUAGUUUAUGGAACCGUUGGUAGCUUUGCAGCAGAUGCAUUGAGGCAGGAAUUUGAGAAGGACACCACACGUGGGGAGAGGACGUUUGACAUGGUGAUUGUGGAUGAAGUAGACUACAUGACUUUGGACAAUGGAGUUCAGGUGACGUUUCUUUCCCACGAGGCAAGUGGACUGAGGCAUCUUGACCAAGUCCUUGCUAGUAUAUGGUCCAUGGUAUCUAUCUGCCAGCCAAUUGAGAUGGAAGAUACUGGAGAGAUUGAGUGGGCAACUGGAAUCCAGCAUUUUCACAAGGCUGCAAAGGUAGCUGUGAUCGGUUCAGAGACUUCAGAAAAGUUCUCAGAAUUUGAUAUUUUGGCCACCGGAGUGCAGUUGGGUAUUUUUUCAGGUGAAGAAUUUAACACGUUCAUGCAAGUCCUAGAGAAAAAUGAGAAAGACAACACAAUGGAGAAUAGAGAAAUUGUUGAUACAUUCAUGGCCAAAGUUGGAGUUGCUCAACAGUGUGAUUUGCUCACCAUCCUGGAAAGCGCACUAGAAAAUACUGUGGCCAUUGACUGCUACACUGUGACAAACAAUAAAGCAACACUGGUUGAGAAGAAAACAUUGGACCACAACCCAGAUAUCCUGGAUAUCAAAAUGCUUCUCCUUGAAAAUGGCAGAGCUAGUGAGAUUUUGCCUGAAGACAAACUUAUUAAAGCAACAGUCUCUGAGCUGAAGUCUAAAAUUACAUAUUCUGACAACACUCAACUAAAGUUAGAUGUUCUUGUUAUCCCCUCUUUCCUUGAGAAAUACCUUGAGGAUCGAUUACCAGUCUUUGUGCAAAAUGCCCUGAAAGCCAUCAUGAUGACACAAGGCAGAGAGUACAUGAUUGAUCAGGUAUUGGAAGAUGUCAGUGACAAGCAUCUCUACCAUGCCAUCAUCCCAGUAGAUUUUCAGGCUAGUGGAGUGUUGGAGAAGAACAAACGCUGGGGGGACGGUCUGCAGCAGUUCCUGGAGAUAAAACACCAUUUGGCCAUUACUCCUUUGUCCAAUGUGACAAAUUACCUAUCAAACUUUCAUUACUUCAAAAGAUACCUGAAAGGGAAUGGGCUAUUUGGUGUGUCUGGGACAUUAGGGGGCAAUGCUGAUAAGGAUUUCCUGGCAAGGCAUUAUGAAACAAAUAGCUACACAAUACCAGCUCACCGCCAUAAGAAGGAUGUGGAGCUUCCAGCAAUUCAGGUUAGUGGGAAAGCCCAGUGGAUGGAUAUCCUCUGUAAGACAGCCUGGAGAGUAGCAGAUGGUGGUCAGGUUGUCUUGGUCGUAUGUGAGGAUGUCAAGACAGCAAAUGAACUUCAGAACAAAAUGUUGAGAGACAAUCCACAUCCCCCCAUCACAUUAUAUACAAUUAGUGAGAAGCACAACAUUGAGACCACCAAAUUCAUUGGAGGGCAUAUUAUCAUAGCCACGAAUCUAGGAGGCCGUGGAACAGAUAUCAAAGUUGAUAAGGAUGUCAAUCUCUGUGGUGGACUAUUUGUCCUCCUGACACAUUACCCUGGCAGCCGCAGGGUGGAGAAACAGGUGUUCGGACGAACUGGUAGGAAGGGAAACCCAGGCAUGGUCCAGAUGAUCGUCUGUGAGGAUAAACUUGCCCCAGCAUACCAAGGCCAGCCUGUGGAGAUCAUGAGGCAACUAAGAGAAGAUUACGAAGUCGAACGCAUCAAGGAUAUGGAGACAGAUGAGCUUCUUGAAAUCAAAAUGAAAGAGGACCUGUUUGAAACGUUUUGCCAAUUUCUGGAAAGGUUUGACAGCAACUUCACAAAACAGGAGAAAGAAGACCUGUCAGGAAUGAAGCAGAAUGAUGUCCCUCAAUGUUUUACAGACAGAGGCAAAAAGUUUGAUUACAAUCCAGCACUCAAUGCUUUGAAAGAAACAUGGGCAUUGUGGCUCACCCUUCAUGAGGAGCACAUCAACAGACAUGAAGAUAUUGAUGUUCUUAAAGCAGACCUUCUUGAGCAUCUCACAAACAGGCGCAACAUGCUUUUGAAUGGAAAAAGUCUCAAUUUCUAUGACCACAUCAAGCAGGCUAUUGGCAGAACAGAUCUGCACUGCCGCAACAAAAAUAAGUGUGACUAUGGUGCAAAAUCCUACUGGAAAGAUGUUGAAGACUGUGACCCUUUUUAUGGUGCUGUGGCACUGUACAACCAAGCCUUCAUCACCAUCAACCUGGCCAAGGGGGACUACAAAGCAGAGGCACGUAGCUUACUGGAGAAGGCAGAGACAAAGAUAGAUGUUUACCUUUCAGAAACAACAAACACUAUGGUUUCCUUUCAGAUGGCCACGAGAGGUAACUUUGAACCACAUCAUGAGGGAGAACCGAACUUUUUAAAGCAAAUAGAUUCCAGGAUGAGCAUCUACAAAGCUUGGAUCCAUAACAUUACCCUGGCAGUGAAUAAACUGAAAGAGCUUCAGGAUAAAGAAACGGCCAUAACAGAGGAAUCUUCAGUAUUCAGCCUCUCAGAAAAUCAAGAAUACAUCACUGCGAAUGAAUUCACAGCCAUGUAUGAGAACGGCCUGUUUAUUGUGUUUGAGGUGAAAAAGAAACCUGAGUUCUGUUUUGAUGCUUUGAUCUGUUUCUUUAUUGGAAUGUGUCAGGUCAUCAUUGGAAUUCUGAUUUGUGGUCUGUCGUUUGGGGCUGCAACCAAUAUUGGCAUUAGUUUAAUCUCUGAGGGUGUCAGUGACAUGAUAGAAGGGAUAACGGGAAUGAUAACAGGCACAUUCGAUUGGGCGUCCUGGGCUAUAUCCAAAAGUAUUAGCAUCGGAAUGUCUCUGCUCUCAGCAGGAUUCAGUGUCCUUAAAAAAGUGGCCAAGUCAGCGUAUCAUGCCACGAAGGGACUCCUCAAUGGUACAAAGACUCUUUCAUCUGUUGCAAAAGAUGUCAUUGGUGCAGGAAAACAUGCAUUCAAGUCCAUAAAGGGUGCAGUGAAAGCUGUGUCUACAGGAGUAUUAAAGUCUUCUACAGCAAAUAUAAAAACUGCUCUAAAACAUGCAACGAAGUAUGCAGUUCAGGAGGCAGCGAAGCAGGGCAUUGAAACGGCACUAAACUACACCAUUGAUACUGGAAUCCAAGCUGUCUUCAAAGAGAUUUUGAAAGAUGGUUUCAAGAUCUCAGUCUCAUCAACAGUCAACCAGAAUGCCAAACUGGGUAAUUGUCUCACUGAGUACAUUGCCUCUGCAGUACCAAAAGGAGCAUUGCAAAACAGUAGCAACUACAAGAUUGACCCAAAGCUUGAACAACAAAUGAAAGAUUUAGUUCAGAUAAUGACCAAAGAUCAAAUUCCUGAGCUCAUGAAUGAUGACACCACAUCCAAAGUAAGUGACGUUAUCAGCAGACUCUCUGAGGUAUCCAAAAAAGGAUUGGAGCUUGUAGAAAAUAGUGAGAAAAAUAAACUGGUAAAAGGAAUAAAAAUCAGUUUAAAAAUAGCAGAACACUCCACAAACUUGGCCAAAAUGGUUCAGUCUAUUCCUACAGAGCAUGUUAUCAAUGACAUAUUUGUCCUUAAUUUAGUAAAAACAAUUGAAGACCAGCAACAAUAUCUGGGGAAGUACGACCAAAUUGGCAGACAUGGCUUACCAGACGUUAUUCGUUUAAAGAAUGAGUUUCUCUUCUCCAUCUCAGAAAGUGUCUCCGAAGCAUUCAUCGAUGCAUGUUCUGGUCAUAUGUCUUCCUUUGUGAAUGGAUAUUUCAAGAAGAAGUUCAAUGGAGCCACAGGAAAAGUAGUCAACAAUGUAAUUGGCAGGUACAAAACAGAGGCCUUUUUCAAGGAUCUACAACACAAACACGAUAUGAAAACAGCCAGUCAGACGACAGGGAAAGCUUCAUCUGAAACUGAAACAAAAGAACUUCUGGACUAUGCAGAAAAGAUUAGUGAUGUGAAUCGUCCAGCCUCAGUCCUGGACAUUUAUGUCCUCACAAAUAGUGACCUGCUCCAGGGUAAAGGCAUCCAUUUGACAGUGUUGGAUCAACAUGGAAUAACUCUCUCUGAGGAGUCUUAUCCAGGAACAAACAGGUCAGCUGGUCAAAUCACUCUAAGGCUGACCAAAGAGCCUCAGAAAACAGACAGUGAGAAAGGAAUAAUCUCCAAAGUAAAAGACAGAAUCAAAGGAGUGCAAAAUCUAUACAGUGGUCACUUUGACCUCAUCCAAGAUGGAAAAGUUAUUACUGUCCACUCAAAGAACCAGAACAGCUUCUACACUGCCAUGGCACAAGCAACAAUGUCAAACAAGACAAGUGAUGAAAUCAAUAAUGAAGCUGUGAAUCUACGAAACAAUGUUAAAGACCAGAUAAAAAACAACCUUCCUGCUCAUUAUCAAAUGGUUCAAAGCCAGAGGGCCUAUGAUGCACUUGUGAACAAUUGUGGAAAAUAUACUAUUGUUGGAGGGUCCACAACAGAUAGAGAAAUUCAUGUGGAAUAUGAGAAGAAUAUAAAUCCAAUGAAGAAGGCUUGUUAUGGUUCCACUGGGCUAACUGAGUAUAAAAUUGCCAAAAUCUACCACCUUGCAUUAGUUGGUCCUUACAAAAGAGUCAAAUACACCAGUCUGUUCUCUCAUGACAUGGAGGACCGAGGUAUUGUUGAGGCAGACCAAAUCCCACCCAAGGAUUCUUUAAAGUUGGCCAGAGACCAUCCACAGAUAGAAAAUCUCAGACAGAAGAAUCCAAAGCUUUAUGAUAUGAUAAACAGCAUUGAAUCUGAUCCAAAUGGAAUGAACCUGCUUGCAAUGCGAGUCCUCAAACAGCAUCACAGAGAUGCUCUGACCACUGGAAGCAGUAAGGAGUCUGACAACUGCAGGAAACUGCUGGCAGACACACUUGUAAAUGGAGAUGCAGAGAAAUCACUUAAGCUCUCUUUCAUCAUGGCUCAUCCUGUGGCUUCCAACCAGCUCCUACACAAUGCAGGAAAUCCUCUUUCCUUGGGCUCUAACGCCAACUUCAUGUCUACUGAAGGUACAGUGUCCUACUACAAAGCUGGCUUCAAUCAGAUGCUGAAUCAACACAAUGAAAAGGGAAUCAUAGAUCAGAAUCAGCUGGAGAGGCUGAAGUCCUGGGUGGCUGAUGACAAAUACCUGGACCUCAAUACCCCUGAGUACACUGAUGUACUUAAAGCCAUUGAAUGUAAAAACCUUCCAUAGGGAAAUGUUCAUUUUAUUUUCUUAGCAUAUACAAGAAGAUGGUGGUAAAGGCCUAAAAUCACAUUUCUAUCCAGCCGUGUAAUCAUAAUGGAAAUCAUGUCUUUUUAAACUUCAUAUAAUAAUAACUGAACAUUCAUAUUGGUAGUUUAAAAUAAUUUGCUUUCUUAGCAGGACAUAUUUGCUUGCAAUUGAUUAUUACUUUCAUAGGAAGAUAUCAUAUUAUCUUUUUAAUAUAGAUAGAGUAACAUAUCAGCAAGUUGCAUGAAAUAUAAGCUUGCUAAAUGAACGCUAGGUUCUUUAUAGUAGAUUGCGAUUUACUUUUAAGUUUUGUUCAUUCACUGCCAUCUAUGGAAUCAUAGGAAUGGCAAAUGUCAGUAAACGGUUAUUUGAUGAGUAAAUUAUUUAAAAGGAUAGUUAAAUAUAGACAUUUGUUUAAUAAUUUCCUUCACAAGCCAACAAAGUAAAAAAUAAAUUACAGAAAUGCUCUUCCAUUUAUUAUCUUCUCACCUUUAAAGUGUUCAGCACCUAACUUUUACUUUCAGGCCUAGAAUAAUUUAUCUAUUUCCUAUUUUCCUCAUGAGAUAUUUCCCAUUUUACUUAGGGAAAGGAAAUGAUUAAACACAUUUAUAUUUAACUGUCCUUUUAAUUAAUUUACUCAUCAAAUAACCUUUUACUGACAUUGGUCAAUCCUGGGAUUCCAUAACCAACACUUAUAUUUGGCAAACCUGAAGGAUCUGGAGAAGGUCUGUAUGGAGGAGUGGGCCAAUAUCCCUGCUGCAGUGUGUGCAAACCUGGUCAAGAACUACAGGAAACGUAUGAUCUCUGUAAUUGCAAACAAAGGUUUCUUUACCAAAUAUUAAGUUCUACUUUUCUGAUGUAUCAAAUACUUAUGUCAUGCAAUAAAAUGCAUAUUAAUUUCUUAAAAAUCAUACAAUGUGAUAUACUGGAUUUUUGUUUUAGAUUCCGGCAGUGUAUCUGAUACUUGUUCUCCCCACUGUAGUAUAUUGGCAAUAUACCACAAAUCACUGAGAUACCUUAUUGCUAGUGUAAAACGAUAUAAUUAAAACUAUAAUUAGAGCAGUAAAAAGUGAUAUGAUGUCAUACACGUGGUAUACAUCAUCCUAUACCAAGGCUCAAACAAUCAUCAUUCAGGAUUCAAACAACCUGGUUUAAAAUUAUUUGUCUAUUUGAUCGAUGUUAGUGUAAUGACAUCAUGUUAACAUUUUAUUUAUGUCAGUGGUUUCAUAAUCAGGUUUCACUGGCACUGUUGAUGAUAUCUCCUUAAUUUGCUUGCUUUACAGUGAUGUUUUUAGAUUAUGCAUUGCAGUUACUUAUAAUAUAAUAUAAUAUAAUCAGUACCUUCCCAGUAUUUCCAGAUAUCCAUUAAAUAUUACCUUUGAUUACAUACAA